AUGGUUGACAUGUGGACUGGAUACAUGGCCAUUGAUGCUCUCGUCAGGGAGGUGGAGGCACUCGGCCGUCAACUUCCCACCCAUCACCGGCGCAAGGAAGUGAUGAAGAAUGUUCACAGGCAAACCUCUCGGACCGAAGCCAGAAUAGACUCGCUGAUUAGCGAAGCGGUAACAUUCUGGCAUCGGGACCCGGAAGGACCAACAGACGGCUCUACAGGGAGAGCGGGGGAACGGAGCGGGCGUUGA